UUUUGUAUAAUUUUCGAUCACCUAAAUUUUAAUUCUAAAGUAUUAAAUUGAUCUAAAUCAGUUUAGCUACAAAGAUUAAUCAAAUUAAUUCUCAAAAAGUGAAACGUGACAAAUAAAAGUGAACGGAGGGAGUAGAAGCAAAGUGCGUUUUUCUCCGGGGAAAAAAAACAAAAAAUAGUAGCUUUCAUGUUUGGAAAACUUUACUUCUAAUUUGAUUAUUUAUUUAUUAUCUUUCAGAAGUUUAUGAAAUUGACAAAGAAGUCUGAGCUGUUCAACACUAACUUUUAUGUCGGCCAAAGUUGAUUCCAUAUUUCCAUUGUGCGUUAUUUGGUUAAUGUUUAUAUUCUUAACCUAUUGGUGUUUCUCUUCUAAACCUCCUACUUCUACUAGCCAUAUAAUUUUUGUGGCCCAUAUAAUUUUGGAUCUAGAGAAAACGUCCAUAAACCAGUUGACUAACAAACAAUUACCAGUUCGUCAUUUAACAUAUCUGUGAAGUUUAAAAAAUAAAAAUGUUGAAAAACAGAAUUCCUUGCAAUUAAUGAAGUUAGUUUUUACCUACUUAACCACCAAACAAUUAUUUUCAGGAAAUUAUUGGAGUGUAUUGAUUAUUAUUAGAGCAAAGUUUUGGAGAUGGUAGAAAUAAUGAACACAACCAAGUCAAUAGUCAUAACAGGACAUUCAGUUGGAGGAGCAAUUGCUUCCCUUUUAGCUCUUUGGCUUCUCUGCCACCUGCAAACUAUUUGCUCUGUGAUUUGCAUUACUUUUGGCUCUCCAAUGCUUGGCAAUGAGUCCUUUUCCCGAGCCAUUCUUCAAGAAAGAUGGGCUGGACAUUUUUGCCAUUUGGUUUCACAGCAUGAUAUAGUCCCAAGACUGCUCUUUGCCCCAUCUAUCCCACUGGCUUCUUCAUCAUGUUCUUCCCAGUUUAUUUCUCACUUAUCUGAGGAUAACAAGACUCAGCUGUUCCGCAUUGUGUUGUCUUCUCUUGGAGUUCUAUCAAAAGGUGAAUGUAAGAGUUCAUUUUGGCCAUUUGGGAGCUUCUUGUUCUGCACCAACACCGGUGCAGUUUGUGUAGAUAACGGGAUGCUUGUCAUUAAGUUGCUUUACUUGACUUUACUGAAUGGCUCACUAAGUUCUAGCCUCGAGGAUCAUUUUGGUUAUGCUGAUUUCAUUCAGAAACUUCAUUGGCAAUUUAUAGAGAAUAGAAGCUUCAUGGGAGGCAAUCUACCUGAGGCAAGCUAUGAAGCAGGGAUAACAUUAGCACUGGAGUCACUGGGAAUAGCUUCUCAUGAAUUGAAUUCAGAAGAUGCUAGGGAGGCCCUGAAAAAGGCAAAAAAGUUGGGUCGAACUCGCAACCUCAACAGCGCUAACCUUGCAAUUGGUCUAUCCAAGAUCAAUCCACUCAGAUCACAGAUAGAGUGGUAUAAAGCAUCCUGCGAUAAUUCUGGUGAUCAAAUGGGAUAUUACGAUUCAUUCAAGCAAAGAGGUGCCUCGAAACGAGACUUUAAGGUCAAUAUGAACAGGAUCAAACUUGCUAAGUUUUGGGAUUCUGUGAUUGACAAGUUGGAAGCUAAUGAACUUCCCUAUGAUUUUCAUAAGCGUGCAAAGUGGAGAAAUGCUUCUCAGUACUACAAACUUCUCGUUGAGCCACUUGAUAUUGCGGAGUAUUACAGGAGUGAAAUGCAUCAUGCGAAAGGACACUACAUGCAGCACGGAAGGGACAAAAGGUACAAGAUUUUCGAUAAGUGGUGGAGUGACCAAAAUGGCACUGAUGAUCAUCCUACUGCAAGAAGCCGGUUCGCAAGUUCGACACAAGAUUCAUGCUUUUGGGCUCGAGUUGAGGAGGCAAGAGACAGGCUUAUUAAGGUUAGAGCUGAGGCUGACGCAAGAAAUUUUAUCAAGAUGUUGGAAGAUAUCACUAAGUUUGAUCAAUAUGCUAGGAGCUUGAUUGAAAAUAAGGAGGUUUCAGUUGAUGUUUUUGCCAAAAACUCAAGCUACACUUUGUUUAUAGAGGAAUGGAAGAAAUUCCAAUCUCAGUUACAGCUGUUCCAACCACAGUUUCCUGGAAUUCUGGAAGGUAGAACAUUUCCUUAGAUGAAAAAUAGGUUGAGGAUUUUUGGUCUAGUUAGGGCAUCACUUCCACCUUAUCUCUCUCUAUAUAGCAAUAAAGAAGUUCAACUGGAAAAGAAUGUUCUAAAUCUUAUCUCCAAUCUUGUUGUACACAGAUAUCAGCGUUAGCAAAAAUGGAGCCUGAAUUAUAUAUAUAAGAGAAUUUAUUUUUUCUAGAAAAACAUAUAUGAAUUAUAACCGGAUGAUCUACGCCAA